AUGAUCGACCCCUGCACUGGAGGCUACACUCUACCCCGCCCAGCCUCCGCACACUCCUUCUGUGCACGUGUCUGCCCGCGGGAGGUGGGGGAAAUUACCGGUAAUGACGCGCCUUUACCGUCAAUGGGGCAACAUUUUACAGACGGACGGGGAGCUAGGGAGGUUGAGGUUAAUGGCACGCGCACCCCAUCCCUGCCACUGCACGCUGCCGCCUCUCCAACCCUGCGUCCUCUCUUGAGUCUCUUGAUUUUUGGUCUUGACUCUCGAUUCCGGGAAGGGGAAAAAGGGAAAGCUGAUGAUUAUGAGAGGAGCAGACCCCGUCGAGUGAAUACGCGACUCUCCGCCAUCCGAGCCGCGACCGUCCCCCGUCCCACUGAUCGCAGCAUCUCUCGGCUUUCUUAUGAGUAUCCAGUGCCUGGCGCCGUGCCUGAGGGUCCCAAGCCAACGCUACAGCGGUGGUUCCUGCCCGCGGUGGCGAUUCCGCGGCACCUCCCGCUCCCCGCACUGCCACCCGCCGUCCCGUCCUCCCCACGACUCUCACCCCCCAGGGGAGCUGUCCCCGUUCUUCCUCCGUGCUCCCCCACUCCCUUCACCGUGCUACCCCCGUCGCCGCCCACGUGCCGCCCAGCCGCCCACCUGUUGAGCUUGGAGAGCCGGCGGCAGCGGUGGAGGUGGAGUCAGGCCGCUGUUGCCGACCGCCGAUGCAACGCAUGUGUGGCCAGCGAUGUGCCCUGCGAGGCGGCGCACCUGCCAGACAUGCUGACAAGUACAGACUCAGGAACAGGAGGAAGCUGUGACCUGCCGGAAGAAUCCCUCAGUGACCAUUAUGACAUCCUCAACAUCCUCAGCUAUGGCAGGAUGGGCAAGAUCUACCUGGCGGCAGAGAGGGUGAUGGGAACGGAGGUGGCACUGAAGGCUGUGUGCCGAGACAUGUGUCGCCGGAGGGACAUUCAGAGAGAGUUCCACUAUGCCUCACACCUCGACCACCCAAACCUUGAGGCCGCCACCGGGAGACUCUUCCAGACCGACCUCUACUUUGUGUACCCGAUGGAAUACGCCCACUACGGGGACCUGGCCUCGUACCUCAGCUCCCGCACCAUUGAGGAGGUGCCAAUAAGAUGGGUAGCAGAGCAAGUGGCGAGUGCACUCACUUAUCUGCACAGCUUCCAGUUAGUUCAUGGUAACAUUGACCCGGCCAAUGUCCUCAUCUUCAGACCCAACCUCUCCCUCGUCAAGCUCACUGACUUUGGCUCAACCUGCCGCAGCGGAACCUUUGUGCGUCGCCAUCAGUUCACGGGACCCUACAUUCCCCCUGAGCUGAGUCGCUGCGAUGGUGUUGAGGGUUACUACACAGGCACCUCACUUGACUCCUGGGCCCUUGGAAUCCUCAUUAUUCACUGUCUCACUGGCAACAAACCUUGGACCACUAGUGACGUCUCUGACCCUGAGUACGCUGCCUUCAGGAGCUGGCAGAGGGCCAAGUCUAUCCGAGUCCCCAGGCCGUUCAAGAGGUUUACGGUUCGUCUGCUGCGCCUGGUCCGUCGACUGCUGGAGCCCCGGGGUUGGUCUCGCUACCCAGCCAAGGAGGUCUUCAAGUAUCUCGAGGACGACUGGUUGAUCAAGUCACGUGAUCGGAGCGACAGUCACGAUUUUGAUCCAUCGCUUGUUCCUCUCCAAAACUCUCUCUUCCAAGGCUUAAAUAAGGACAUAGUGAAGAACCCCUGUGACCAGAAGCAUGAGCCAGAGGACCAGGAGAAGCAGCCACAGGAAAGAGUCUCAAGUCCACGCCGCUUCUUUGCUGAGCUGUUGAGGUUGAGCUCUCCAAACACGUCUGUGAGGCACCAUCGUAAAAAUCAUGCAUGGCACCAUUCCUCUUCCUCCUCCUCCUCAUCCUCAUCUUUCACUUGGCUUAAUUCGUCAUCAUCCACCUCCUCAUUUAGUAUAUCCACCAACUAUUCUUCUGUGUAAGUGUGGAGAUCAUAGACUGAGGCACCAGAGAUGCUGAGAAGCACGCCUGAUCAAAGCUUUGGGGUCUGGAUUCAAUCUUCCUGACUUCACCAAAUGGAGUGCAGUCAAGCUUUGUUUUGCUGGUGUGCCUCUCACUCAGGACCAGCCACCAAAAGAAAGCUAAGACUGUUUUGAUACCUUUUCUAGCAUAAUCUUAAAACUUAACAAUGAUCUUCAAGAAUAGAUAAAUAUAGCUAAAGUGUGUGUGUGUGUGUGUGUGUGUGUGUGUGUGUGUGUGUGUGUGUGUGUGUGUGUGUG